AACACCAGCAUUUGGUACAAAACAAAUUUGAGUUAUUUUGUGGGUUGAAUAGAAUCAUAUCAACACAUAAACAUAGAGUUUGCGAUAGGAUUGUAAAGUUAUAGAUGUGAGGUAAUUCCAGAUUUUCGAAUACACACGAUACUAUAAACAAAGUGUUAAGUACUGAUAAAGUUUGCCAUUAUUUGUUUCCCAGUUAGAUUCGGUCAAAUUAACACUUAUAGUUCAGUUUCUGGUGUGUUUGGUGAAGGUUCAUUUGAAGAGUUGAAGGAUGAAUCCAACACCAAAGAUCCGAGAAAGAUGCAAAGAUCUGAUAUUGGACGACGAUACUCUACGUGAAAUUCAACGUAGAUUUUUGGAUAACAUCAAUCGUGGUCUUCGAAAGGACACUCAUGAUGAAGCCAUCAUCAAAUGCUUUGUCACAUAUGUUCAGAACCUACCAAGCGGAGAAGAAUCUGGUAAAUUCCUUGCCCUCGACCUUGGAGGUACCAACUUCAGAGUUCUUUUGAUCGAACUGAGCAAAAAUCAUUUCGAGAUGAAAUCCAAAAUAUUCGCCAUACCACAACACAUCAUGUUAGGAUCUGGAGAAAGAUUAUUUGACCACAUCGCAGACUGUCUCUACAAAUUCACAAAGGAAGAAAACAUUGUCAACGAGGUUCUGCCUCUCGGUUUCACCUUCAGUUUUCCAUUGGUGCAAAAGAGUCUUACUACCGGUAUCCUGAAGAGAUGGACCAAAGGUUUCAACUGUUCUAAUGUUGUUGGACAGGAUGUUGUACAACUUUUGUUGGAUGCCAUUGAAAGAAGAGGGGACAUAAAAAUCUCCGUUAUGGCCAUUUUGAAUGACUCGACAGGUACCCUAAUGUCUUGUGCUUGGUUGAACCGCAACUGCAGAAUAGGUCUCAUUGUUGGUACUGGCAGUAACGCCUGUUAUGUUGAAAAACAAAAAAACGCCGAGUUGUUCGAUGGGGAAGAUUUAGGAUCAGGAAACGUUCUUAUCAAUACUGAAUGGGGAGCUUUUGGAGAUGACGGAGCUUUAGAUUUUGUCAGAACCUGUUACGAUGAAGAAAUCGACAGACAUUCAGUCAAUCCUGGAAAGCAAUUGCAUGAAAAAAUGAUCUCUGGGAUGUACAUGGGAGAACUUGCAAGGCUGGCACUAGAAAAAUUAACCAAAGAAGGUCUACUAUUCUCGGGCAAAGGGUCAGAUGCUCUUUUCACCAGAGGAUCAUUCUAUACUAAAUAUGUCUCCGAAAUCGAAUCAGACCGCCCUGGAACAUAUUCAAACUGCAUAGAAAUUCUUGAAGAAUUAGGUUUGAAACAUGCCACUGAACAAGACUACAUUAAUGUUAGGUUUAUCUGCGAAUGCGUUUCACGUAGAGCAGCACAUCUUGUUUCUGCAGCGGUUGCUGGUCUACUGAAUAAAAUGGGGGAAAAGAAAGUAACAAUUGGAAUAGAUGGUUCAGUAUAUAGGUAUCAUCCCCAUUUCCACAACUUGAUGAUGGAGAAAAUAGGCAAUCUGACAGAACCAGGCAUAGUUUACGACUUGAUGUUGUCUGAAGAUGGUAGUGGAAGAGGUGCCGCAUUGGUAGCAGCGGUGGCAUGUAGACACCCCCGGUGAAGAAAUUAAAAACCUAGAAUUUAAUUUGUACAUAAUAGAUAUAUUUGGGUUCCUAAGAUACAACUACCAAUGAAAGUAUGUACAGGCAGCUUGAAUCAAGAAGUUUAGUUGAAGAGGUUCUUGAAUAUUUGCUUCACAAUCUGCUUUACCUUUUAUUGUUCAGACCAAAUUCCUUAAGUCUUAUUUUGUUAGUACUUUUUUUGAAGCAAAGAAAUGUAAUAUAAUUUAUUUAAAUCUUUCGAUUUGUUGUUAUUGGUUUCCUGUUAUUUUAUAUACUGUAAAGUAAAUUUCAAGAAACAUGUUAUUAUAGUGAGGAUUGUCAAAACUGCCUUGCUGUAACGUCAGUGAUCUGUAUAAAGUGCUAAAUUUUUAUAAUUUGAACUUGAUGUAUUUUUUAAGUAAGCAGAAGUACUGAGAAUUUAUUGAUAUCUUUUGUACAAGGCAAUAGUUGUAAAUUAAUAUCACAACUGGUUUGAUAUAAAAGAAUAUAUUUAUCUAUUUUGAAAUUUCAACGAAUAAAUAGUUAUAUACUCA